AUGCCUAAGAGUCGACCAAAAAAUGAAAAAGAGGGGCUGCGGCUGAAAUCGGAUAUGGAGCUGGAGUACGUCGACGCCUGGUUGAGCUCGCGUCGUGAGCAAGACGACCUACGGAUGAUGGAAUCGUGCGAUUUAUUGGAAGCCAAACUGUCGGACUGCCGGAAGCGGGAAACCGGCGAGCUACUCGUCAGCAAGAACAUCAGGGCGUUCCUGAAACUUACCACCGAGAAAUACGUUAAGGAUUCGUACGUAUGGAUGGAGCGCCAACAAACGGAAAUGAAGUCUUACGAUGAGGAAAUUCGCCGACUACAGGAGGAGAUCGGGAAAAAGCGCGCUACGCUCGAGGAGCUUUAUAAAGAGUACACGAGCAAGCAGGAGUUUAUCGACGGCUGCCUAGCGGAAAAGGAGGCGGCGCGCAAGAAACGCGAGCACGAGGAUCACGUGCGCCGUCAAACGAUCAGGAUUCAGGCCUGGUGGCGCGGCGUCAUGGUGCGUCGAAAGCUCGGACCGUACCGACCCGAGGAUAAGAAGCGUAAGCGGCCGAACAAGUCCAAGAAGUGAUCGCCGAGCUCAUAAACGGGGAAGGGACGUGAACGGGAAUUGAAAGAGAGCUUUUCCGUGUAAUUCGGCGCUCGGCUCGUCGCAUGUGCGCUUGCUCGAGCCAAGCGUUUAUCGCGCGAGAAUCGCAUUUUCCGACGUGAGGAGUAACGCGGGGGCUUUCCCGCCUACGACAAACCGUCUCGCUAUUCCAGGCUACAUUCGCGUGUAAUGACCAAGUCCCGGAAACGUUCUCGAGAAACGUAUGCCAGGCUUGCACGCGCGCUUUUCUCGACGAAUGCCGAUGACUCGAUUAAUUCGCCGCUGCUCCACGCGAGUUCGCGCACGUGACAUAAUCUUACAUUGGCUUGGCUUAUUUA